UAUGGAACAGAACAAAACACAAGACAUAGAAAACACGGAACAUGGAAGGGACUGAUCGUGACAAAAACGAGGACUUUUACAGUGGUUAGUAGGAAAAAUUAGAAUGUGAGGUAAGGCCACUGAGCUGGGAUGGAAGUACUUCAGUUCCAGUCUUCACUACAUCUCUACAGAGAGAGAGGAGCAGACCUGGUAACCAUAAACAGUAGAGAGGAAAAGAUGAAGUUUGAACUGGAAGGUGAUUGGACUGUAUCUUUUUUUUUAAACAUCUUCAUUUGAACAGCUGGAGACCAGUCAAUUUGUAGCAUUAGAGAUAAAAGUUGGAACCAGGGUGACCAGUGCAGACACUGUGAGUGCUCUCAGACCAGCAUCAGAAUGGACAACGCCACAUACGGCUACUCGUCUGACUGCACCCCCCUCACCAGCUGUAAGUCGGCUCGCAAGCCGGCAGGCUCCACCGUGGUCAACAUGGGCCCAGCAGGGAAAAAGCCUCCCAGCGACUACCUGGUUUGGUCCCUCUGCAACACCCUCUAUGUCAACUUCUGCUGCCUUGGAUUUAUGGCUCUGAUCUAUUCCAUCAAGGCGCGAGACCAGAAGACACUGGGAGACAUGCGUGCUGCUCAGGAGUGCUCAGACAAGGCCAAGUGGUACAACAUUCUGGCGUCGGGCUGGAACCUUCUGGUGCCCCUGCUUCUGCUUGGUCUGCUGGUGCUGCUGCUCGUGCACCUGGGUAGCUCCCAGGGGACCUUCGACUUCUUUGGGGAAGACGGCUUCCAGAGCUUCAUGAAGCUGUUCAGCAGGUAGACGGACAAGACAGCAAACGAAUCGACCAACAGCAAGCCACCAGCCUCCGGCCAUGGACUUAUCUCCCUCUGUGCCUCACAAACAUGUCUCGCUACACUUUUUUAUCUUAUGAAUAAUGUGUUAUUAUAUUAUUGUUGUUCUUUUUAUUUUCAGAGUCUUGUCUGCUAUAUAAGAACUAUUCAGUAGAGUUUUGUCUCUUUCACGCUUUACUUGAAGUA